AGUGAAUCUUCUGCAACACAAAAAAAAUGCAUGUUGUCUUUAAAUCCAGGGUGACCAAACACUUGAAGGCCCUCAAAGCAAAGAUGCCCAGAUUUGGCAUUUUCCCAACUGGGGGUUGUUUUGAUGGAUGCAGGGAUCAUACUCAACAAGCCUCAGGUUUUGGGACAAGGAUCUGGAACCUGUGUGACAAGCCUCUGGAGCUGCAAAUAAGAGUUGGUUCUAUACUGAAAAAAGUUCACACAAUAAAACCAGGCUCUUCAAAGAGGCUGAAAUGCAAGAGCAUAUACAAAGCCUAUAUGCCUGGAGGUGGUGAGAUUGGGAGUGGUGGCAUGAAGAGCUUGCUCUAUUACUAUGAUGAGACUUGCCACCCUUAUGUUUGGAUUCAUGACACUGGUGGUGGUGACACAUUGAGAAUGGUCAAGCAGCAAUAUAUUAGCCUUGAGGACCUCAGAGACUAUUGUGAGAUCAGAAUCUUUAGGGAUCAUCAAAGAGGCUGCAUAUCGGUUCGCAAGAAACCCAGGCCAGAUUUUUGCUACCGAAAACAAGUCGCAACUGAUGCCUCUCUCUAUAACCCCGCGGAAUUUCCAAUCGUCGCAAAAUGUGUCUGUCGUUUUAUACACAAAUUGAUUCUUCACGCGAACAAAACGCGAUCUUGUUUCUUCUUUCUGCUACAGUCUUCUACAGUACCACGGUCCACAGACCAAGUCUCCCAAAACCCAUUUUUGUUUUCUUCAUCUCAAUCAAAGUUUUCACCUUCUUCCCCAACCCAUUUCUCAAAAAUGGGGAUUUCAUGGAGUAGCAACCGAAGAAGAAACAACUAUUAUCAGAACCCACCUCCACAACUACCACCUCAACCCCAAUACAUCGCAAAUUCUCAUCACUAUUACUCCUCAGACCAUCCCUCUCUCUCUCCUCCUCCACCACCUCCUCCUCCUCCUCCUCCACCACCACCGCCACCUCCACCUCCACCACCACCUGGUCCUCUGCUUGCUUCUUCAUCUUCUUCUUCUUCAUUUUCUUUUUCUGCAAAUAAUAGUAACUACCCAUAUGUCAAUACCGCCACCCCUUACGCUCAACAACCCAGAGGUCCUUAUCCCGCCUACCCUCUUCCUCUUACACCUCCUCCUCCUCCACCUCAAACCCAUUACUGCUAUGGCCACUACAGUUCAUGCAACCAUGCCAAUUCCGCCAUGGGUCGCUUCAGUUACAAUUACAAUUACCAGCCUUAUUAUGCUGCCAAUCAGGCUAAUGGGUGGCCCGCAAUUCGGCCUCCCGUGGGCCCCGUGCCGCCUCCUCCGCCUCACGUUGAGCAUCAGAACGCCAAGAAGGUGAAGAACGAUGUCAACGUGCAUAAGGACACAUUGAGGCUUGAGAUAGAUGAGCUGAACCCUGAUCAACAUUUGGUUUCUUUCGUUUUUGAUGCCAUGUAUGAUGGGAGCAUUACAGUGUUCUACUUUGCCAAGGAAGAGCCAGACUGUAGGUUUGUUCCACUAUUCCCUGAAGCAUUUGUGCCAGUGAGAGUCCCCUUUCAGAAGGGUUCCGGGCAAAAAUUUCGUCAGCCCUCAGGAACAGGCAUUGAUUUAGGUUUCUUUGAGUUGGAUGAUCUUUCAAAACCAUCACCUGGAGAAGAUGUAUUUCCGCUUGUAAUAUCUGCUGAAACAUUUCCACCUCAUUCAACAGAUGAGCAUAUUGUUGAGCCUACCCCAGAUAAAUCCCCUCGUAUGCAGAUUACUCAAGCUGUACUAGAAAAGAACAAUGGUGACCAUUUCCAAGUGAGAGUAAUUAGGCAGAUAUUGUGGAUUGAUGAAGUUCGUUAUGAGCUACGUGAGAUAUAUGGAAUAGCAAGCUCGACAGUGGAAGGCUUUGAUGACAAUGACCCUGGGAAGGAGUGUGUGAUAUGCAUGACUGAACCUAAGGACACUGCUGUGCUACCUUGUCGACAUAUGUGUAUGUGCAGCGAUUGUGCAAAAGAGUUGACGCUUCAAUCCAAUAAAUGCCCUAUCUGCCGUCAACCCAUUGAGGAACUCAUAGGGAUCGACAUAAAUAAAAGUCGUCAAUGAAGAUACUUUUUUUCUCCAUACUAUGUGGAUUGUGGUAUGGCUAUUGACUUCUUUUAUGUGUGCUUUCACCUGUUGUAUAAAUGCAUUUUUGUUUUGUUUUGUAUAUUGUAAUUGAUGCGAUGUUUUCUAAUAUGCAUGUGAUUAUCUUACAUAGCUUACUCAAA